AUGACCACCAAACAAGAAGAGGUGAAUGAAGAUCUCAAAGAAAUGACGAUCAGCCAUCUAAGUGAAAUCCUGGAAGAACACCCUAAUAAAAAUAAAGCCCAAGUAGCUGAAGAUGAUCAAAGGAAUGAUGUCAUGAAAUCCACUUAUGACAGAGCCCAGAUAACUGAAAGUAUCAGAAUGCUAGACAAGAGAAAUGAUGAAGCAAGGGAGUUGACAAGCAAACUGGAAGAUGAUGGGUUAGUGCAAGACAUAGGGAAAAAGCAUUAUCAAGAAAAGGAAACGAACCAACUGAAAGAUGUAUCGACAAAUGAUAAGUCACAAAGAGAAGUCAACCACGUAGAAAAGAUUAAUGAAGCUAUCCAAGAGAUCGAUGCAAUGAUCAGAAAUCAAGAGCUAAUCCAUAACGAGAUAUUAGUUAUUCACGACAGCCCAAAUUCAUGUGAGAAAAUGAUAAUUACAAAUGAUAAAGCCAUAGUGCCCAAGAUCAUCAGUGGCCAGAUCAAAGUGGAAAACAAAACAGAAAAAGAAAAUAAAUCGGUAAUAAGCUACGAAUGA